AUCGAAAAAUCGAUCAUUACUUAAUUUAUUCAGUGAAAAGAUGACGAUUCCUUAUUUAGCUGAUCUUAAAGAUCAAACAGAAUGCAAAACCUGUCCCAAGAUCUUAACUCGGUGUAAAGGUUCACUUUACAAAGUUAUUCUACAUGAAUUUUUAAUGACGGCCGGAGCCUAUUUUGGGGUUUUUCUGGUUUUUAGAUUUGCCAUCAACGAAACGCAGCGAGAAUAUGCCGCAGAAGUCUUCAAAAAACUCAAAGAGCAACAAAAUGUCUGCAUUCCCAUGCAAAUGAUGCUCGCUUUCUUCAUUGCAACUGUCGCAGACCAAUGGGAGAAGAUUUUUGAAAAUGUUGGGUACAUUGAGAAUGCUGCUCUAGCGGUUGCCACAUUUCUCCCAGACGGCAAAGAAAAACGGGACAAUAAUGGCAAUGUGAUUCUUGCAAAAGUGGACAACUCAAACGUUCGUCGAAAUAUUAUCAGAUACCUGGUGCUCUCGCAGAUUUUGGGCAUCCGUGAUGUUUCGGAGCUGGUUAAGAAGCGAUUCGCUAAUUAUGACAUGAUAAAGGCGACAGGAGUUUUACAAGAUCAUGAGGAACCACUGCUGAAAAAGGUGCCGUGUAAAACUUACGCGGAGUCAUUUGUUCCUAUCACCUGGAUAAUGUCUAUUCUUCAGAAAUUCGCAUCAAAGAACGAGGAGAACUUGUACUACGAUACCGUUUAUCUGGAGAUUACAGACUUCUACAAGAAAAUCAUAAAACUGACUCGCUACGAUCUCAUCCCGAUUCCUCUGGCAUAUCCGCAAGCGGUGUUUCUUGCAGUUAGAAUCUACUUUUUCUUUUGUCUGUUCACACGACAACAUUUGGAUUUGGAGGAAAAUUGGGCGUUGUCCCACUGGGGCUUCCCACUUCUCACGACACUCCAGUUCAUUUUCUUGGUUGGUUGUAUGAAAGUUGCCGAGAUUCUGCUAAACCCUAUGGGACAAGAUGAUGAGAAUUUUGAGUGCAACUAUGUCAUGGACAAGAAUCUUUUCGUGGGGCUGACUAUUGUUAGUUCAGAACACACUGAGUGUCCCGAAUUGGAAGAGGUGAUUGGAGAUGACUAUGUGCCUUGGUAUCCGGAUGACUGUAAGAGUAAGGAGGAGAAGAAUCAAGAAGAAUUGAAAAAAUACUUGGAGAGUGUUGACUUCCAAGCCGUUACCAGUAGUGACCAAGGUGAAAAUGACGAAGUAUCCACAAUGAUGAAGGUUGAGCAAAAUUCUCUACUUGUGUGUGGCCGAGAGAAAUUUUAUGAAGGCGGCGGUUUUCGCAAUUCGGAUGUGUACCCGAAACAAAGAGCGAAUUACCCUCAUUAAUUGUUUGAUGCUCUUCAAGUUAUGAUAUUACUCGUGGCUUUUAUUUUGUAAUUUUAAGUCUAUUCAUUUAUGAAAUUUCAUUAGUAAACAGCAAAUAAUCUAGAAUUAUUUCUAUUCUUAUUAAUUUAUUUCAAUAAAGCUGGAUUUUGUAA